GAGAGAUGGACAUAGGACAGUUACUGUAUGUGGAGACUGGGAACAGGCAGGUAGAUGGGAGGAGUUUUUCUACAGCAGAGUUCAGUCUGUCAGUCAUUGCUAUGACCACUUCCUGUGAGACAAUGAGCAGACACGCCCACUCUUCAUUUCAGCCUGGCGUCUGACCUGAGAGGUUCUCAUUGCAGCUCUGAUUUACUGACACAGGUGACUGUUCAAAUUUAAUUGCUGAUUGAUUGCUAUGAGCAACAUCAUCAUCAUCACAAGGUUGUAUUUCGGCCCGACAUCACUCCAACCUACCAUUCAGCCACUGGAUUUAACAGGUGCGGUUGUGCCAAUAGAGUAUUUAUAUGAUGACUCCUGGAGGGCGUACUUGUUGAGCCAUCACCAUGUCUGAUUCUGACCUCUUGCAUUUUCGAUUUGAGCAACAAGGAGACGGUGUCCUGCACAAGAUGAAUAUUUUGAGAGAGCAGAAUUUGUUUUGCGAUGUUUCCAUUUUCAUAAACGACGCCGAGUUUCAUGGACAUAAAGUUGUUUUCGCUGCUUGUUCUACAUUCAUGAGGGACCAGUUUUUGCUCAAUCAGUCCAGGCAAGUUCAUAUAACUAUACUGCAGAAUGCUGAGGUCGGACACAAGUUACUGUUGUCCUGCUACACUGGAGCUCUGGAAGUGGAAAAGAAAGAGCUUUUAAAAUAUUUGGUUGCAGCAAGCUACUUGCAAAUGGGCCACAUAGUUGAGAAAUGUACAGACGCACUCUCUCAGUACAUCAAAAAUGAGCCAGAAACCCAGCCCUUACCGAAAGAUCCUUCUUGCCCUGCUGAGAUUGAGACUGCAGAGAGCCCGGAUAAAGACUGCGAGAUUAUUGAAUUGUCUGAGGACAGCCCCUUAAACUUAGAUUUCCAGGUCAAGAAGGAAGAUCAUGAACAGGGGCAGAUUUCUGAAACAAAUGACAUCUCUUCUGUAGAAAUUGACUACAAGGAUAAUGACAUUUGUAUUUUCAGAAUGGAGAGCGCUAACAAUGCAGACACUGCGCGGUUCCCCCAACCUUGUACCUCUUCCAAAUCGAACAUGUUUUUCUCAGAAACCCAGCAUUGUUCUAUCAACUCAACUGUAGAAAACCGCAUGCCCGAUUUGCCUGAAAAUCAGUUCCAAGCCUUUCAGGAAGGGGGGGAUGAAGGAUCUGAAAUGGUGCAUUGCCUACAGACAGCGACUGAAGGAGUCUCCUCGUGGCGGCACCAGUGCCCCAAGUGCCCUCGGGGUUUUGUACACUUGGAGAACUAUAUGCGCCACCUAAAGAUGCAUAAACUGUUUUUGUGUUUGCAGUGCGGAAAGACAUUUACUCAGAAAAAGAAUCUAAACCGGCACAUCCGCGGGCACAUGGGUAUCAGGCCCUUUCAGUGCUCUGUUUGCUUAAAAACGUUUACUGCAAAGAGCACUUUACAAGAUCACCUGAACAUCCAUAGUGGUGACCGACCCUACAAGUGCAAUUGCUGCGAUAUGGAUUUUAAACACAAAUCUGCUCUAAAAAAACAUCUCAGUUCGGUUCAUGCUAGAGCUGGAGGUGACAAGUCAAACUUGGACGCCAUUACCAAAAUCACCAUAGACUAUGAUUAGUGUGCAUGAGCCUUACCUUUAUGUUUCUGGAUUAUAGAUCCUCACAUAGCACAAAAUAGUUGUGCAAAAAAGUUAGUUUUCUUAAAGGGAUACUGUCAUGGGAAAAAAAAAAUGCAGUUCUGCACUGAAAUCCAUUUCUCAAAAG